CAAAACUCUUAACUCCUUGGUGUAUCAACGAAAACGUGUGAUUAUUUUCACGUAAAUCGAAGCGAAUUAUCGUGAGUUACAGCUAAGUGACGUGCAAGUGUUUGUGUUUUAUUAUUCAUCGGACUAUUUAGUAAAUGGUGGCGUACGACUUACAAUUGCACAGGCGAAUUUGAUGCACAAUGUGAGGGCGCGGUGAUGUGGGGCGAGCAGGCCGGCUGGUGGUGCGGCGCGCUGGCGGCCGCGCUGCUUGUGCUCCUGGCUAUCUGUCGACGCGCCGUUAAAAAGGCGCCCGACCACGGAGCAUUGCAAGUUACGCAGGUUCACAUAGUCUACGACGGAGCGACGCGUUUUUCCCGCACAGCCCGACUUCCUUUCGCCCGCGCCGCACUCGCCACCGCGCCUGCGCCCCCGCACACACUCGCACAUAAGUCUACACAGGCCAAACCUACUCCAACACAGAUAAUCAUUGUACAGAACUUCACACAAAACACAGUACCUCACGGCACAGAACAACAACCCUCCAGCUCAAAGGGACCCAGACAUCCAGCUCCCGCAUUUAGAGGCAUACCUAAAUUACCCCUGCCUGAACAGUGGAUACAUAAACGGCCAUUUGAAUUCAAAUACGCGGCGUUACCCCGACCCUUAGCGCAAAUCGUCAACACAGAAUUAGGCGUUGAUUUAUCGCGUGAUACACGCGCGAAGAAAUACAGCGCCACUAGAUCUCCAUCCCUUGAGAAAGACGAAAAAUCUCCGUUUAUAACUAGCGCGAAAUCCGAUAAGUCAGACGUGUUUGGUUUCGAUCCAGACGCUUUAAAAAAGUUGUGCGAAGCAGCUGAAGAUUUGAAGGAAAUGGGGGAAAGACCACCAAAUUCUCCACGGGAUGUCGAUAAUGAUAUCUCACCCGGUAACCUGCGAAGGUUCAGAUCUGUAAGCACGAGACUUAAUAUGUGCAGUUGCAAUGAAACUCCGCCAUUGGAUGGCCAACAAGAGAAAUCGGAAAUACAAAACUCUCCGCGUUUAUUAGAAUGCAGUUCGGCAAAAGAAAAGUCAUCUGCAACAAAGUUUGACUUCUCACCGAAACUCUUAGCAGAAAAUAUCAGUUCUCCCCGUUUUUUUACUCCCCCAGAAAUGGUCUCACCAAUGUUCUUUGCUGAACCAUCCCCAAAAUCGGUUUACUAUGAUACUGUUAGAUCGCCAAAAUUCUUUCCUGAAACCCCACGAGAAGUAGAAGUUCCUCAGUCGCCAAGGUUGUUAAGUGACAACGUACGAACAAAUGGGUUAGCUGAAAAGCCAAAUUCUCCGAAAAUUCUUAGUGCUAGACCUAGCCCUAGAGUUCCUAGCUAUAAUAAAGAAAACUACUUCACAUUUGACAAUGUAAGUAUCGUUGAAGAAAGUGCUGCUAGAAUCUCUCCAAGGCCGAAAAAAUAUGGUGGUAGAAACUCCAUAGAACGAGAACGAUUUACGCCACCAGCUGUUGAUAAAGAAAUUAAAAAGUACAGAAGGCAUAAUAGCUGUGAUACUAAUUAUAAAAAUGUCAGAGUUAACAUUCAGAAAUUGGACGAACCACAUACUGAUUCUUCAAAUACUAUUACAGUUAUUGAAAAAGAUGUCGUAGAUUGUUGUGCCAAAGUAGAUUGUCUCGAUAUGGAAACAAAAGUUAAUCAAGAGUCAGAAAAAUACGAAUUAACACCUAAUUUGAACACAGCAUAUGCAAGGCGCCAAAGAUUAAAAUCGAUUUCUCUAGAUUCUGAUAACGCCAAAAUCAUUGAACAAAACCUUGGCUUACCUAUCGCAAAGCAAAUGAAAGAUCAAAUGAAUGAAGCUUAUAAAAAUCAAGAUAUUAGUACGUCUUGCGAAGAUGUUGAGCGUUUUCCAAAAACUCCAUGUAAAGAAAAACCAGCUUUCAAAUUUGAUAUUGGCCAAAAAAUUGAUUUAGAUUCAGAGGAUCCUAAAUCACCAGAUCUCAAACAGAAGAAAUGUCUUAGACAAAGUUCAGAUACGCAAUCAUUUUUAGAUAUGCCUAGAUUUUCACCUAAAGAAUUCGAAAUUACUGUAACAACAGAUGAUGGAGCAACCACAUCUGCUGAUACGGAUUUGAAACGAAAAGGCAAAAACUUGCGAAACUUAACGAUCGAUUUAACAAAGCGAGACAGUGAUCUUGAAAAAGAAUUGUUAGAAUUCGAAAAGUUAUAUUCUGACGCCAACGAAAAUAAGGUUCGAACUCCGACUUUGAAAAUUAAAGCAACAUCCUUAGAUUCGUCAGAUCCAGAUCCAACAUCAGCCCUUCCAAAGAAAUCUUUAGAAGUUCCUCAAAAUUCAAUAUCGGUUCCUAACACUCCGAAAAGGCAAAUAAAACGCAUCCUAGCCCAAAAAACUGUAAAGCAUGAUGCAUCUGGGGCGAAAUUCGGCUACAGCUCUCUACAGGGAAACGCUGAGCAGCGCAGAUUGCUCAUGAAAGGUCAAGAUAGUGGUAUCUUUUUGAGGGAGAAUCAUGCUAAUCUAAUGCUUUAUCAACCGAGUACAUCAAGAACUCGAACCAUGGGCUCAUUUGACGAAAACAUGGUUGAUAUUUCCGUAGAUGUCGAUAAACCUGGCAUACAGUUGGAUACAGGGCAGACUUUAGGUGCUAACUUAUUAAACUACAAGCAGAAUUUAAGUGUCUCCAGCACGAAUUUAAAAACUCUUCCAGAAGGCGUACCUAGCGAUGACUUCGAACCAAGUGCAGAAGAUGAAAAAUUAGCAAAGAAAUUACACCGACGUAAUUCUAAUCAAAGCCUAAAGUUGAGCACACAUAGCUUGCAGAGCUCAAACUGUUCUCUUAGCAGUACUGGCACGUCAUGUCAUAACUUAGCAACAGUCCGAACAAGUCUAUCUAACUUUAGUAUCAACUCUGAUGGCCGACAAAAGAAGUUAUCACUCGAAAAGCGCGAUUCCAACGCUUCAAUAAUUCCUAUGGAGCACAUUACACCCACAACUCGUGUUAUUUGUUCCUCAAACACCAAUUUAACCGGAGAAACUCAGAAAAAUUGUUUACUUCAGCGUCGUGGAUCUAACAACAGUCUUACCUUGAAUAUACAUUCUAAUAAUCUCAGCCGACAUUCAAGCAACAGUUCGUUAAACAAAGAAGCAAAAAUUCAGAAGAAGGGACUUUUAGAACGACGAAGUUCAAAUACGUCUCUAACUUUAAACAUAAAUAAUUCUAACCCACAAUUAUCAACAAACCGCGCUUUGAGCAUUUCUAACUAUAACUUAAAUGGGUCAACAUGCAAUUUGAGUAGAUACAACAGUAACCAUAGCAUAGACAAUCCGGAGCCUCGUAAAGGUAUACUCGAAAGACGAAGUUCUAAUACGUCUCUCACGCUAAAUAUACAACCGCAGGAGCCUAGAGAUUUGGAAAUCGACGAAUCGUUAAUAGAAGCUAAUUUGAAAGACUUACCACAUCGAGAUAAACACAGAAAGUCCUUAAGUACCGAGAAUUUAAUACCCAAAUCAUAUAAAAAUCGAAUAAGAAGCUCCACAGAUAAGAGCAUUAGUUUUGGUUCUCAUGACAACUUGUGGUCAGCUUCAUAUGACCCAGACUACCCUCAAAAUUUAACUUUUGUGUGUGGAGAUCAGGAAAACGAGAUAAUAUAUGCGUUCGGACGUCAGGAAGAUCCGAAUUUCCAAGCGAGUUUUGUCCGAAAUAUUACCACAAAGCCGUUAAGUCCACAAAGUACCUCAGAGGAUUUCAGACUUUAUUUGGCGAACAUGCAACACCUACAAAACGCCUCUAGUGUGCUAUCGCGGCAACAGCUUAGAGAUUUGAACGAUGUUUUUCAAAAUGGCUAUUCAAACGUCCGCUGCGGUGGUUCAAACGAAGGGCAACAUUGUUGCUCCGGUCGAGUUGAAGAUUUGUCCAAAGAAAACCCUCAAAUGGCAUUACCGGAACCUGUGGUAACUCAACCGUGUUCUGAGUACCAGAAAAUGUUGUUGAGGAAUCUCCAUCAGGAAUUUUGGGAUAUGCCAACAAAUUUUCAGGAAAAACCAAUUGUGUCUGGGUCACAUCCAAAGAAUAGGUAUAAAACCAUUUUACCUAAUGAACAUUCGAGGUUUAUACUGCGGGCUGAAUGUCGAGGAGUCGAAGGAUAUAUCAAUGCCAAUUUUAUAAAGGGGCACGAGUAUACCAAAAACAGUUAUGUCGCUACUCAGGGUCCAUUACCAAACACAAUUUAUGACUUUUGGUUAAUGGUCCUACAGAACAACAUCGAUUUUCUCUCCCUAAGACCUAACUGUGGGCUAGUUAUCCAAAAAAUCGUCAUGCUCACCAAUUUCAUAGAAAACAACAGACAAAAGUGUGAAAAGUACUUUCCGUUAGAAAUCAAUGAGGACAUUAUUAUAGAAAAACCAGACAGUCCUGAUUGUGAAGAUCCAUUUAUUUUUCGAAUUAAAAACCUUGGUCUUGUCAAGAAAACUGGUUACACAAUACGAAAACUCGAUGUUCAAUACUUAAAAAAGAAAAUCGAAGAUAUAAGUUAUACAAGUGAUUGUGAUAAAAGUGAAAGUGAGACAAGAGAUAUAGAUAAAAGUGUAAUAGUGUACCACUAUUGGUUCCACAAUUGGGCGGACCAUAAGUGCCCAAAGGAUGUUAAUGCAUUACUUAACUUAAGCUUAGACGUUUUACAAAAUGAAAUGUAUGACUUUAACGUUAGCACUGACCUAAGUGAUGAAGAAAAGUGUAAAUGUGACAGUCUAUUAAAUCAACCCGACUCUAAAUUCGUGUUUCCUCCCUUACAGUCACGUUCCCCUUGUCCUAUAGAAAUCAAUGUCUCCGCCCCUUUAAACUUUUCUUCCGAUACCCUCUCUCCUCCUAUUGUAGUGCAUUGUUCAGCUGGUAUUGGUCGAACUGGCUGUUUGAUAGCCAUACUUAAUGGAAUAAAACAGCUUACUAAUGAACAAAAAGUUGAUGUUUUAGGAAUAGUUUGUAAUAUGAGAUUAAAUAGGGGUGGUAUGGUUCAAAAUUCAGAGCAAUAUGAGCUUAUACAUAAAGUCUUGUGUUUAUAUGAGCAAGCUUGCUUGCCGGAGUUAUAGCUUAUGAAAGUAUAAUUUUCUACCUGUGUCAAAACUGCUAAAUAUUUUGUACCUUAUCUUAAAUUUGUAAGAUGGCAGGUUGGUGUUGUCUAUGAGCAGAGCUUGGUCAUUUACAAUUAUUUUUGGGCAUUAGAUUAGGUAAUAGUUAUAAUAUUAAUACCUUUUGCACAAAUCCUAUAUAAUUUAAGUGACUUGUUGUAUAUUUUAGUUAUAAAAUGACAUUACUAUUAUAUUUAUUCUGCUAGGUAGAAAAUAUAUUGAUGUUAUUAUUUAUUUUAUAUUUUUUAUAGUUAUUAACAUUUAGUCAUUAAUGUAAAUAAAUGUGUGUCUAAUAUAUUGAUGUAUACAUUAGUUAUAUAAAACAUGCUUUGGUUGUGAUUGGAGCUACUAAAACUUAGAAUCCUAUGCCAAGAGUACUGACUGAUUUUUCAUUCUUCCUUCGGAGGCAGACCCGGUUCAACUCUGAAUAUCAUUAACAAUUUCCAACAAUUGACUAAAGAAUUGGCAUUCCCUAAAAAGUGUUGCGGUAAUGUCGCAAACUGUAUUACAUGCUUCUGCAGUAGAAAUAUUUUUAAUUCUAUUGUAGAUUAGUAUUCAUAUUAAAAGUCAGACUUUAAAUUGGAUGAGUCAACUGGACUAGAUAUAGUCAGUUGCUAUUGUAUCUUCAACAGAUUAAAAAUGUUUUUUUGAUAGUUUCUAUUUCCAAAUUAAACAUCCUCAUUUCACAAUAAUUUAGACAAAGCUGAAACAAGGGUCAUCAAACAUUAACUAAGCUAGGAUAACUAGUGAAGUGAAUACCUAACCACUAGUUCGAUUUGAUAUUAUAUCGAAUGAUAAUAAAGUAUUUUGUUGUUAUAGACAAAACUAUUACAUAGAGCUUGUCAACGUUCUAGUCAUUUGUGAGUGUUGACACUCUCAAUUAUUUAUUUAUGGCCAUACAAAUUCUUUGUCAUACAACUUAAAAUUGAAAUAAAAGUGAAACUACAAUUAAUCAAAUCAAAUGAAAAACUUAGUUAAGACUUUAACUUUUAAAAUGUUCUGAAAAAGAUCCUGCACCCGUCACUUUAAUUGGAAUUAUCUUUUUCCAAAUUGUAUUGGUACAUAUUACAUUAAGUUUUUACUCUUUUGAAUCACAACCAAAUCACAUGAUUUUAUAAUGUACUGUUUUAAUAUAAUUUAAACGCCCUAAAUAUGCAAUAUAGUACAAAGAUUUUAUAUGUAUAAACACUAUCCUACACAAAGUGAAAUUUUUAUACCUUCUAUAUAGGCUAAUUUGAAAAUUAACAAAACAGAUAUAUCAAACUCUUCUAUACAUAUUAAUAUUUUCUUUUUGUACCUUUACUAUUUUGUCACCUUAAAAAUGUACCUCAGAAUUUAAAUUAGAAUUGGUAUAGAUUAAGCCAUUUUAUGCACAUUUUAUAAGCUUUUGUUUACUUAAAAUGAGAAUAAAAAGUAGCUCAUGUUCUUAUCUAAAUUAUUAGUUUUUUCGUUCGAAAUUUUAUUAAAACCGGUUGAGACGUAAGCGCUUUAUGGGUGAGGUUCAGUAACGAGAUUUAGCGCUAACUAUGGCUCCCAUGUGUCAAAACUCAAUACAUUUUUGAUGUAAGGAAGUCAGACUUAGUGUUAAGUCUUGAGUCUUACUCAAUAUUCUAAUACUAGUAGUAAUUGCUACGGGUCGUAAAGUUUCGUCUUCUAUACGUGGCGCUUAGCUUUUAGCAGACCUUAGUAAGUUAAGGACCGGCAACUCGACAUCAAUGUUUAUAUUACACAGUUAAUUGUCUAGUAGAAUCUUUUUAUGUUUGUAAAAUAUCAACUAUUAUAUUAAAUAUUUUUAAAUUUA